UGGGGCCUCGAGGGUGCCCGAAGACCGGAGUGCAGUUUGAUUGGCCGCAGAGGCUCGUGACAGCGGCGCCCAUUGGCUGUGGUGGUCCCCGUGACGCGGGGUGGCGACUGGCUCCCGGGUCUGAGGGGCUCCUGCUUGUCAGGUUCUAGCUCAUGUUUUCUGGCCAGACUUAUGGUCAUUCCCGUGAGACUUCACUGCACAUUUUCUCAAGUGUGUUCCUCAUCCCUAAUGUGUAAUCCUUCAACAUGGACCUGCUACUUUAGCUAAGAUAUGACCAGCAAUGAAUAGUAGUAAGAUAUGUGCUGAUUAGAAGGCUCACAGUACGGAGUGGAGGAUAAGACAGUGCCUUACAAAAAUGGGGUUUGGGAGUGACCUGAAGAAUUCACAUGAAGCUGUGUUAAAAUUGCAAGACUGGGAAUUACGAUUACUGGAAACAGUGAAGAAAUUUAUGGCUCUGAGAAUAAAAAGUGAUAAAGAAUAUGCAUCUACUUUACAGAACCUUUGUAAUCAAGUUGAUAAGGAAAGUACUGUUCAAAUGAAUUAUGUCAGCAAUGUAUCCAAGUCUUGGCUACUUAUGAUUCAGCAGACAGAGCAACUUAGUAGAAUAAUGAAGACACAUGCAGAGGACCUAAAUUCUGGACCCUUACACAGGCUCACCAUGAUGAUUAAAGAUAAGCAACAGAUGAAGAAAAGUUUUAUAGGUGUUCAUCAGCAGAUAGAGGCAGAGAUGAUCAAGGUUACAAAGACAGAAUUAGAAAAAUUAAAGUCCAGCUAUAGACAGUUGAUAAAAGAAAUGAAUUCUGCCAGAGAGAAAUAUAAAGAAGCUUUAGCUAAAGGGAAAGAAACCGAAAAGGCCAAGGAACGAUAUGACAAAGCCACAAUGAAACUUCAUAUGCUGCAUAAUCAGUAUGUAUUGGCAUUGAAAGGGGCACAGCUUCAUCAGAAUCAGUAUUAUGACACCACACUUCCUUUGCUUCUGGACUCCUUACAAAAGAUGCAAGAAGAAAUGAUAAAAGCACUAAAAGGUAUAUUUGAUGAAUACAGCCAGAUAACCAGUCUUGUUACAGAGGAAAUAGUGAAUGUCCAUAAAGAGAUUAAAAUGUCAGUUGAACAGAUAGACCCUAGCACAGAAUACAAUAAUUUCAUAGAUGUUCACAGAACAACAGCUGCUAAAGAGCAAGAAAUUGAGUUUGAUACUUCCUUACUAGAAGAAAAUGAAAAUCUUCAGGCAAAUGAAAUUAUGUGGAAUAAUUUAACAGCAGAAAGUUUGCAAGUAAUCAGCAACACAAAGAAACUUGUAUUAAUGCUCCAGGAAAGAAAGGAGAGGCUCUCCAAGUUUGAGUCUAUUCGUCAUUCAAUUGCUGGAAUAAUUAGGUCUCCAAAAUCUGCACUGGGCUCUUCAACAUACUCUGAUGCAGUCCCCAUAAGUGAGAAGCCCCUGGCAGAACAGGACUGGUACCACGGUGCAAUUCCCAGAAUAGAAGCACAAGAACUUUUAAAACAACAAGGAGACUUCUUGGUGCGAGAAAGUCAUGGGAAACCUGGUGAAUAUGUCCUUUCUGUAUAUUCUGAUGGACAAAGGAGACACUUUAUCAUACAAUUUGUUGAUAAUCUGUAUCGAUUUGAAGGCACUGGUUUUUCAAACAUUCCUCAACUAAUAGAACAUCACUAUACAACAAAACAGGUCAUCACUAAGAAAUCAGGUGUAGUUCUGCUGAACCCUAUUCCUAAGGAUAAGAAAUGGGUUCUCAAUCAUGAAGAUGUCACGUUGGGAGAACUACUGGGCAAGGGGAAUUUUGGUGAAGUAUAUAAGGGCAUAUUAAAGGAUAAAACCGCUGUUGCUGUUAAAACAUGUAAAGAAGACCUUCCUCAGGAACUGAAAAUAAAAUUUUUACAAGAAGCCAAAAUUCUCAAGCAAUACGAUCAUCCCAAUAUUGUCAAACUUAUAGGCGUUUGCACACAAAGACAGCCUAUCUACAUCAUUAUGGAACUGGUUCCAGGAGGUGAUUUCCUCUCCUUUCUGAGAAAGAAGAAGGAUGAACUAAAACUCAAGCAGUUAGUGAAAUUUUCAUUAGAUGCUGUUUCUGGUAUGUCCUAUCUCGAGAGUAAAAACUGUAUACACAGGGAUCUUGCUGCAAGAAACUGCCUGGUAGGUGAAAAUAACGUUCUGAAAAUCAGUGACUUUGGAAUGUCUCGUCAAGAGGAUGGUGGAGUGUAUUCAUCUUCUGGCUUAAAGCAGAUUCCCAUUAAAUGGACAGCACCAGAAGCUCUUAAUUAUGGGAGAUACAGUUCUGAGAGUGACGUGUGGAGCUUUGGCAUCCUCCUCUGGGAGACCUUCAGCCUAGGGGUCUGCCCAUACCCUGGAAUGACAAAUCAGCAAGCGCGGGAACAAGUGGAAAGAGGAUACCGAAUGUCAGCCCCUCAGCAUUGCCCAGAGGACAUUUUUAAAAUUAUGAUGAAGUGUUGGGAUUAUAAACCUGAAAACCGUCCCAAGUUCAGUGACCUUCAGAAAGAGCUGGCUGUCAUCAAGAGGAAAAUCACACAGUGACGGACCAGUGCCAACAGGCUUCAGGACCUGGUCCUCCAGCAGAGUGACAUUGUUCUUGUUAACGUUGAGUUUAUACCACAUUACCUGCAACAAUUUUCUAAGGUGGUUUUUGUUAUUAACUGUUUUUUAAAUAUGCACCACUUACAAAAAAAGGGUGGGGGGGAGGGCAAAGGCAAAUGUAUUCAAGAGACAGACACUCUUACCAAGGGCUUUAUGUGCUCACCACAGCAAUCCUGCCAUUUCAGGCCAUUGUAAAUAGAUAAGCACAGACUCUCAGUGUGACGGAAGGUCAGAGCUUUUUCACACCAGGACCACUGAUGUUUCUCAAAGGUUCUCUACUUCAGGCACAGUUCAUGGGCCACUGUCCUAUGCCACUGACCCUACUCAAUCGGUGCUAAAAGCAGCAUUGGUGAUGCCAUGUUCGCAGGAUACAUUCCAACCAAAGGUGGCUCUUUGCUCUGCCAAGGCAAGAUUCUAUUUGUAAACAUCAUUUUAUAUUGGGAAUUAGUUGGACCUCUUAGGGUUUUUUUUUUCUUUUCUUUCUUGGCCAGAAAUAAGUACAGUGUGAGCAGCAUCACACUCCUGUAUUAUUAGUAAGGUAGUCAUUUCCCUGCUCCUUUGUCCUGGCUUUGGACAGUGAUGCACAAGAUGUCCCCAGAGAACACACUCUUAGGCCUGAAGCAGCAGCUUUUAUAGGCUGUUUUUGAGAGUCGUGCAUGAAAGAAGCUUGAAUGGGAGGGAGGUCUGGAGGAAGGAGCAGCUAGACUAGCAAUCUAAGACAAAAGGAAAAUAGAAAAUCUGCCUUCUGAUCAGAGUUAUGCCUUUACAAACACACACACACACACACACACACACAUUUUAUGAUCUAAAUUCACAAGAAAAGUUCUAAGGAACAUUUUUCAGAAGUUCACAGUUGGAGAUUUCUUAAUGGCAACAAAAAACUGUUUCAAGAAACUCCGAAGCACAAGUCCACAGUAAUCACAGCCUACUUUUGGUUAUGUACCUUCACCUCAGAGGAGGCAUCCUGGAAUUGCACUCCCUUCGCUUGUGUCAGUUUCCAGGGCUGAAAGAAUUUCAUGAUUCUAGUUCAUAAACAUAUUUGUGUGUGUACACACAUGAACAUGUGCUACACACACAUACACACACACACACACACAACCAAUAAGCAGGAGUAAUGGUUAAUAAGUUGAGGGACAGCCCUCCUGUUCCCCUUCCCCCUUCAUUUACCCUUAUAAUGCUACCUGGAAAUCCUUAUCUUAGCUGACAGGUAUGUGAGCACAGUUCUGGAGAUGCUUCCUGUGCAUAAUAUGUGACACAGAAUUAAAAGCAAGAUUCUGUCUGGCUGAAUGUUAGCUACAUCCAGGGAAGCUACCCCACGUUGUGUAAAUAGUUGCCGCUCAGGAUAAAUAUGUGUGUAGGAGAUGGUCACUCUCAGGGGUCAGUGCGGCUUGGGAGCUUUUUAUAAGUGCCCAGGCCUGUGUCCAGAUAAAUAGCACCUUAGUGAUCAUUUGAUUAUAUCCAUUGGAAGAGCUUAUAGGAGAGAAAAUUCCUCCUGCCCUCUCUGGCUGUUCACUGCCUAUGAAGAUCAUGGCACAGAACCCGUACUUUAAAGAGUAUAAAGGAUAAUACUGAAGAGAAGAAAAUGGCUUGUGUCUAUCAUUUCAAUUUCCUUGCAAGUUUCAUACACAUUUAAUAGUUACUACAUCCAGACUAAAACAAAAGCGUAAUAAACUUGCCCUCAAAAACACACUGCAAUAUACAAAGCAACUUUUUAAAAGUCAGCAUUGUCUUCCCUUCUGUCAAAUACGAUAAGUAAAUGGAAGCUUCUUUUGAUGGCAUAUACUGUGGCAAAUCAAAGCACAGACUCAUUAAUUAAGUGCUGUGGUCUUCAGGCACUUGCCUGCCUUCAAAAGAGAGAGUAAGAUGGGACAUUUUUACCCUUUGUCAGUAUUUCCAAAUGAAUCUCUUCAUAAUAUUCUUUGUUUGAAGAAAACAGCCUCUCAGCACUUAGCAGCCUCAGUGCUAAGC